CUUGGUAGCCGGAACGGGGAGAGGCGAGCGCCGGAGGAGAGGGGCGACCGGGGUGCUCCUGAGUAAGCUUCACCCCCUAGGAAGGGGGCGGCAAGGUUGAGAGAAGCUAGUCUGCGUUUGACGCUGCGGUAAGACGAUGAAGCGAUAGAGAUGCUUCCCUUUGUGAUUGCCGCCCUGGGCUCAACAGGGGCUACCUGCAGCAACUGCAGCACCAAGGAUUACUGCUACAGUGCCCGCAUCCGCAGCACUGUGCUGCAAGGCUUACCCUUUGGAGGGGUGCCUACUGUCCUCGCCCUCGAUUUUAUGUGCUUUCUUGUGCUGCUGUUUGUUUUUUCCAUUUUACGUAAAGUGGCCUGGGAUUAUGGGCGCCUAGCAUUGGUGACUGAUGCUGACAGGCAACGACGCUGGCAGUUGGAACGAGAGGAACGGGAAUAUGUGGCAUCUGCCCUGCAUUCUGACAGCCAUGAUCGCUAUGAACGCCUCACCUCCGUCUCCAGCUCUGUGGAUUUCGACCAAAGAGACAAUGGCUUCUGCUCCUGGUUAACAGCCAUCUUCAGGAUAAAAGAUGACGAGAUUCGGGAUAAGUGUGGAGGUGACGCAGUCCAUUACCUCUCCUUUCAGCGGCAUAUCAUAGGACUGCUGGUUGCCGUGGGUGUCCUCUCAGUGGGCAUUGUGCUGCCAGUAAACUUCUCAGGGGAUCUACUAGAGAACAACCCUUACAGCUUUGGGAGAACAACUAUUGCUAACUUGAAUUCGGGGGACAACCUUUUAUGGCUGCAUACCUCCUUUGCCUUCUUGUACCUGUUGCUGACUGUGUACAGCAUGCGUCGCCACACUUCUAAGAUGCGCUACAAGGAGGAUGACUUGGUGAAGCGAACUCUCUUCAUAAAUGGCAUCUCAAAAUAUGCGGAGCCUGAGAAGAUCAAAAAACAUUUUGAGGAGGCUUAUGCCAAUUGCACGGUGCUGGAAGCUCGCCCCUGCUAUGACGUGGCCAGGUUGAUGUUCCUCGAUGCUGAGAGGAAAAAGGCAGAGCGAGGGAAAAUCUACUUUACCAACUUGCAGACCAAGGAGAACACCCCAUCUAUGAUCAACCCUAAGCCCUGUGGACAUCUCUGCUGCUGUGCUAUCAAAGGCUGUGAAGAGGUGGAAGCCAUUGAGUACUACACCAAACUGGAGGAAAAGCUCAAAGAGGACUACAAGCGAGAAAAGGAGAAGGUGAACGAAAAGCCAUUGGGCAUGGCCUUUGUCACCUUCCACAAUGAGGCCAUUACAGCCAUAAUCCUUAAAGACUUCAACGUAUGCAAGUGCCAAGGUUGCAAGUGCCGUGGGGAACCGAGGGCAUCCUCCUGCAGCGAGUCCCUCCAUGUCUCAAACUGGACAGUCUCAUAUGCACCUGACCCUCAGAACAUUUAUUGGGAACAUCUAUCCAUUCGUGGCUUCAUCUGGUGGUUCCGCUGCCUCAUCAUCAAUGUGGUACUCUUCAUCCUGCUCUUCUUCCUCACCACUCCUGCCAUCAUCAUCACCACUAUGGACAAGUUCAAUGUCACAAAGCCAGUGGAGUACCUGAAUAAUCCAAUCAUCACCCAGUUCUUCCCUACCCUGCUGCUGUGGUGCUUCUCUGCUCUGCUUCCUACAAUUGUGUAUUAUUCGGCAUUCUUUGAAGCCCAUUGGACCAGGUCUGGAGAGAAUAGGACAACUAUGCACAAAUGCUACACUUUCCUCAUCUUCAUGGUCUUGCUGUUGCCAUCUCUGGGACUGAGCAGUCUGGAUGUGUUUUUCCGCUGGCUGUUUGACAGAAAAUUCCUGGAUGAGGCUGCAGUGAGAUUCGAAUGUGUGUUCUUGCCAGACAAUGGGGCCUUUUUUGUGAACUACGUGAUUGCCUCUGCUUUUAUUGGAAAUGCCAUGGACUUGCUACGCAUCCCUGGCCUGCUGAUGUACAUGAUUCGGCUCUGUUUGGCCCGCUCAGCUGCUGAACGCAGGAAUGUCAAACGGCAUCAGGCCUAUGAAUUCCAGUUCGGGGCUGCUUAUGCCUGGAUGAUGUGCGUUUUCACAGUUGUCAUGACCUACAGUAUCACCUGCCCUAUCAUUGUUCCCUUUGGUCUGAUGUACAUGCUGCUGAAGCACCUGGUGGACCGGUACAACCUAUACUAUGCUUACCUGCCAGCCAAGCUAGAUAAGAAGAUCCAUUCAGGGGCUGUGAACCAGGUGGUGGCUGCACCUAUCCUCUGUCUCUUUUGGCUCCUUUUUUUCUCUACUGUGCGCACAGGAUUUCUGGCUCUCACAUCCAUGUUCACCUUUGUGGUUCUGGUCAUCACCAUAGUGAUCUGCUUGUGUCACGUCUGCUUUGGACACUUCAAAUACCUCAGUGCUCACAAUUACAAGAUUGAUCACACAGAGGUGGAUGCUCCAGAUGGAAGGGAAAAUGGACGACCGGCUGCCAACCCACCAGCUCCUAAAUCAGCUCAGAAGUACAUCGCCCAAGUGUUGCAAGAUGCUUCGCCUGAAGGUGACGUGGCUGAGACUGAGGAACAGGGUUCCCAAGAUGAGGAGCUCAUCAACCCAAAUGGCAUGAAUGAUACAGAUUUCCAGUCCUGUGAAGACAGCCUGAUAGAAAACGAGAUCCACCAUUAGAGACGUAGGAGUAUGAAAGGGGGCAGGGGAGUCCUAUGGGAUGAAGAGGUUGCUGCUGUGUGUGUGUGAAAGAGAGAGAGGUGGGGGGGACAAUGGAACUGGAAAAAGGGCACCCCAUGAGAGGCACCAACCAUUGCUCCUUCCCACUGACCUGGCUGCUGCAUUUCUGCUCGUUUCAAGACGAGGAGGGACCCUUGCAUCAGACCUCCAUUUCCUGCCUUUGCUAUUGCAGUUCUCUCUCUGUGUUCCCCAUCCCCUCAGGAUGGAGGAGGAAUUUAUCUGACAUGCUACCUACCCUUUACUACUGAAAACUCUACAAAGCCAAGAUGGCGUGUAGGGCACGGCAUGGACUUGCUCCUUACUGCUCCCACUGUGAUGGGAGCCAGACUGGACAACAGGAGUCUGGAUGCUUCCUAGCGGCAAGAUUCUCCUCUUUUGGGGAGCACUUCCUUGACAGCCCACUCCCGUCUCUUAUCCCUGAUCCAGAAUCAUGAACACUAAUUGCUUACUAAGCUUAAAAAAGAACUGAUCUUUAAUCAAGGUUCUGGAUUUUGAUCCUAGCAAGGAUUGGUGGUUCCAGCCACACAAAGCUAUUUUUAACUUGUGUACAAAUCUCCUACAAGCCUGUGCGUCAGCCAGCAUUCCUGUUCCAGUGCCCAAGAUGCAGCCCUGUGAUAAUCUGGUGUCUCUGCCAGUCCUUCCUACUCUGUCUGUCCCAGGGAAAGGUUGCCCAUGAGCAGUCUAGAGGCAGAGGUGUUGUACCAAAAGAGGCUGCCGCCAUGCACCUGCCCAGUGAAAGCCGCAUCUGGAGUGUGCUACCCAGUGUCAUAUACUUGCCAGCGAGCAAUUGCAAAUGGCAAAAACAUUUCUAGCAGCAAAACAUUUCUAGCAGGGCAAGGGGAAGCACAGGGGGAAAGCAGGAGAGGUUGCCCCAGCCAGACUGUCUGUACUUCUUGCUAGCUUCCCCCCACCAACAUCCCUGAAAAAAGUAUAGUGGCCCAUAUUGAGUAAUGCCAUGGGUCCUGAUCCUGAGGCACAAUGAUUUUGGCUACUCAGCAUUUUUGCACAUUUUUGUUUUAACUUUUAAAUCUGACUAAAACCCAAAUGGUCUCCUGUCCCGUCUGAUUUGUAGGGAAGAGGAGGGUUGGUUUGCUGUAGAGGGAGAGACUACUGGAUCCCAGGUGCUGUUCACCUUCCAGCUCUCCCAGAUUCACCUCAGGAUCUUGCACAAGGCCUCCUGGGUGUACACUUACUGGUGGCUCAGCUGUUUUAUCAGCCCCUUUGCCUUGUAUGCAGCCCCAAGGAAUUGCCUUCCCACUCCAGGUGUUGCUGUCUCACGAGCUUUGCUCUUCAAGAGUUGCUAAACUUCCAUCCAUUGUCUGCAUCACUUGCGCAGACAGCUGGGAUUGCUCAGAGUUCAACCAAUAGGGCUUUUAGCUUCUUUAAGAUUGGCAUGAACCAAAGGUGAUAAUAGAAUCAACUUUUAUAGGCACUUUAAUAUACCUUUUGGUACUUCCAACUCACAGGAUAAAAGCAAAGAGAAAGGGAGAGAUGGAGCAGUUGGCCUUGGGGGUGGCACAUGCAGGAUGGGGUGAGGGAGGUGUGGGAAAGCACUGGAUUCCUUUUUCAUUUCUGGUGAGACAUAGCUUUCUCUAGGCGGGGGGAGGGGUUCUAGGUCUACUGUCUGAGGUGGGUCAAAGCUGUUCUGAGAUGAAUCUCUUCUCUGAAGCACCACCACCUCCUGCUCCCCAUCAUGAAAAACGUAAAGGAGGACACAUCCUGCUGUUUUUAAUUUUUUGCAUUCCCUUCCUCUAUUUCCUGCCUACCACAGGCAGCCUUUGAGAGAUAUCAGUGUUAAGAGGAAGCAAAGAUGAUGCCCCUCCAACCACAUACUCAUGCCUCCAAAUGGGAGAUGUCUGUAAUUGCCUUUGUUCUUCCAGCUGGUGGUUUGAAAGGUUUUAUAGAGGUUAAUGAAUCAAGAUCUCUACCACUGUACUGGGAUGGGAUAAACCUUCCCUCCCCUGCCCUGGUUGAAGCAGGGAGCCGAAGCACUGGAAGAGGAGACUUGGUCACGGUUAUGGAAAUUGGGUAUAACACCGGGAUGCCCUUGCUUGUAGCUUCUUGAUUAGGAUUCUCAGAAAACUGGGAGGAGGAGCUGGACUUCAUGGACCCUUCCAGGAGAGGAGUCAUGAGAGGUGGGGGAACCCAGUUCACUCUUACCAGAUGGGUUUCUUCUUGUAGUGGGUUUUUUUGUGUUGUUGUCUGGGGAACGAGGUGGAGGAGCCAAGUCUGUGUUUAGAGCAUCUCUCAUUCUCCCCACCACCACCAACUGCACUACAGCUGAAAUGCACAGAGGUUUUCUUUUGUUUGUUUAUUCCACAAUGUCUUUCUGAUACUGUCUAGAAAUAGUUUGUUUCCCAUGCCAGGAUUUCCUGUCUAUACCUAUACUGGUCCCUUAGCACCAUAUUCCUAAGCCCAGCCACCACUGCCCCAUCUGCAGCAGCCCCACUGCCCCAACCUGUCCUCAAUGCAGCAAGAGCUGACUGGAAUGGCUCUGAUCUUUCUGUCCAUACAGCUGCAGUGCAGGGCUGGCCUAUGCUGGUGAUUAAUGGAUGCGUUGGAUGUGGACCAUUGGUGCUCCCCUGCAGGGAGCUGUGUUCUAACUGGCACUAUGUCUGUGUAGAGAUGUGUAUAAUACCCUGUAUAUAUUUGUGUAAAAAAAGCAAAAAAGGAACUUACCAUA